AUGGAAUUAUUGCAGUUACAAGAUUUGAACCCCAGCGAGCAUGCGGCCGCCGAGAAACAAGAAGCGAGGCACGAGGUUACCCACGAGGCCGCUCCCAGACCCAGGCAACUGAAACCAAUACCCAUCUAA